ACGCCGACCAAAGAGACGUGGCAGGCGGAAGGUUAAAUGAUCCGAGCUGUUUGAGUCGUCCUGUUUCAUUCAGCAGGAGGAAGGAGUCGCAUAACUUUAGAAAAACGACCCAGUAUCAGGACUAAAAACAUGGCUUCGAACAAUGGCUCAGCUGGUAAAUGGGAGGUGGUGAAGAAAGGGAAGAAAAAUACAAGCGCAACCGGAGGAGGAGGCAAGAACCCGAGCGACAAGAAACCCGGAGCCGGUGGACGGAAAGCCCUGGGAGAAUCUAACAUCCUGGCAUCCAGACCUCCCCUGAAGAUGUCUGAGACCAUUUAUGACAGCUUUGAGAAGAUGGCAAAGAAACAGAACAAGGAGCAGGUUCCACCACCAGCCGAGACGGAAAAUAAGAAACCCUCCUCGAGUAAACCACCCAAGAAACCCCAGCCCAUCAGCCCAGUCAGCCACGCAACUCGCAAGACCCUCGAGGAAUCUUUCAAAACCUUGGAUGUUGGGGACCUCAAGCAGCAGUUGGCUCGCAGUCAAACUCUGUUCCCAGAAAACCCUUCAGUGUGGGUCAAAGACCUGGCAGGAUACCUCAACCUCAAUUUGACUGCACCAGAGAGCGAGCCCACGCUCAGCAGCUACGCUCACGACUACCCAUACUGCCUUGCAGGAAAAGAGCUGAAGACUGUGAUUAAAGCCCUCAUCGGACGCUGCAGUGACAUUCUGCCAGAUUUCUUGGACCACUGUGUUUAUACGAUGCUCAGGGAGAUGGACAGACAGUCAGGAGAACCUCUUCACGGCUACAGAGUUUGCAUCCAGGCGAUCCUGCAGGACAAACCCAGGAUGGCGACACAAAACCUGCCAGAGUAUUUGGAGUUACUGCGAUCCGUUCAGAAUCGUCCAGUGAAGUGUUUGACCAUCAUGUGGGCUCUUGGCCAAGCUGGAUUUUAUGACCUCAGCCAGGGACUAAGAGUGUGGCUGGGCAUCAUGCUUCCUGUGCUCGGAGUGAAGUCCUUGUCUUCAUAUGCCAUCGCAUAUCUGGAGAGACUUCUCCUACUUCAUGCCAACCUGACAAAGGGAUUUGGCAUCAUGGGGCCCAAAGAGUUCUUUCCUUUACUGGAUUUCGCCUUCAUGCCCAAGAACGCCCUGUCAUCAGGUCUGCAGGAUCAGCUGAGGCGUCUGUACCCUCGACUCAAGGCCCUCGCAUUCGGAGCCAAACCCGAGAGCACAUUACACACAUACCUGCCGUCAUUUCUGUCCAGGGCCACACCACACUGCCCAGAUGAUAUGAAGAGAGAGCUGCUUGGCAGUAUGACCGAGUGUUUGUGUGUGGAUGUCCAGAGUCUGGGAGUGUGGAGGCAGCUCUACACCAAACACUUACCCCAGUCCAGUCUUCUGUUGAACCAUCUCGGGAAGUCCUGGAAAGUCCUGCCACCAAAGCUCCGGAGCAACCUCGAAGAAACGAUCCAGUCCUUCAGAGUGACCAAUGAGGAGAUGAAAGACACCGUUGAAUGCCAGGAGCUUCAGGACUGCAAUAACCUGUGCCAGAACCUGCAGGUGAAGAUGCGCGGGCGUGGGUUCCCCUGGUCCAAAAUGUUCAUGGUUCUGCUCGUGUUUGCCGCCGGCUUCAUCGCACACGACAUCAGAUCCCAUGGCUCCUUCGCAGAAUCCACCACAGCCUUGCAUCUGCGCAACACAGGGGUCACAGCCGUAUCUCAGCAGGCCUUGAGCAAAAUUAAAGUGUACUCAUCACAGGGCUUCAGCUGGUUGGAGACCAACACUCCUCAUUAUUACUCCGAGUGUGCUCGGGUUUUGGGGCCGCUGAUGGACCAAGGCAUGGAAAAGACAAAAACAGCAGCCAUCUUCAUCUCUGAAAACACAACGCAGUUUAUCCUCUGGGUCAAAGAGAAGACGCCACAGGCCAUCGAUUGGGUGAUCACCAACACUCCCGACAGCGUGUUCACGGCGUUGGCGUAUCUGAAGGAGAUGCUCCUCUCGCUCCAUCAGAACUACAUCCUGCCCGCGCUCGCCUUCAUUUCUGAACUGCUACAGCGAGCGUGGACAAAGCUACAAGAGUCCUGCAGCGGCGAGGUUUCUGUCUCAUGUCUGCAGGGCCACGCUCUGUCCUUCACCAACUCCACGUGGCAGCUGCUGCAACACACCACCUCGGCCAUCAAGACGUGGGCUCAGGAGCUGCUGACACGAGCGUGAUGACUUCCCAGACACAAAAUACACACAUGAAGUUAUAUACACACACACUGACCCAAAAUGAGGCUGCCUCUCAAGCCGUGACUGGACACUGUGGGGUCAGACAAACAAACUCUCACUCAAAAGGACUCUUCCAUCUUGUUUUGACUACAUUUUUAAAUCAGUUUGAUGUUGUAUAAUAUUUUUUUCUACCAAUCUUUAUGUCACUGCUGGACGCAGAGGUCUUCUCUCUCUCUCUCUGCUUCUCUAUCUCUUUUUCUCUCUCCCUGAGUUUUCUACUGCAAAUUUCAGCUGUUGCGUUAACCUUUUGGGUUAAACAGAUUGUGUAAUUUAUAAAAGGUUUGUAGAUGAUUUAUAAACCAUUUUUAUUUAAAAAUAUAUAAAAGUGUUAUGUAAAAAAACUUGGAAACGAGCAGGGAACCCAAAAAGAUAUUCCAGACAACUCAAAGCAGCUGCAAGCCUCAUCAGCUUCAUCACAUAUUAUUGUCUGAGUCUGGGGUCAGUCAACCCUUCAACAAACCUGAAUGUCUGUCCAAUAUGUAAAGCAAAAAAUAUUAUGGGUAAAGGUCAUAUAAGUCAAGAAGAAGAAGAAGAAAUCUACCUGCUGUCCUGUCUGUCCUGCACAUCUUCUCAUUGCUGCUUCGUCAUCUUCCUACUGUUUCACUCGCCAUCUGCGAAAAGCAGUGUACUCGUACUUGAAGGCUGAUGAUAUUCUGUGUGUGUUUGUGUUUGUGUGGAUCAACAAGCUUGUUCUAAAUAACGGGAUCAUGUUAAAACCCGUGCCAACGUCUGCCCUGUACGGCAGGCUAUCACUUAAGAAUAAUCCUAACAUUUCUAACCAGCUCAUUCACUAACCCUUAGCAAGAUGUUAGGAUGGAUAUGGCAAUGACUAAUGUCUUACUUUGUAAUGUAAAUGAUUUAUAAUAAAGACUUCAACCUCA